AUGAAGCUCGCCAUGACUCUUGCCCUGGUCACCCUGGCUCUCUGCUGUAGUCUUGGUGAGCGCCCCUGCCAGAGCUUUCUAAACGUCACGGAAACCCUCUUCAUGGGCACGCUUUCCAGUUACGAGGCCGCCGUUGAACCUUUCUUGCCAGACGCGGACGUGAAAGACGCGGGGAUCCAGCCGAAGAGGCGUGACACGCUUCCUCAGAAGGCCAAGGAGAGCAUCUUAAAGCUCACGGACAAAAUCAUAAGAAGCCCACUGUGUGCUUAGGAUUCAGAAGCUGAAGGUCUCCAGCCGCCGAAGUCCCUGCUGCUCCCCAGACGCUUCCCUCACUGUGUCCCCAGCCUGGUUCCCUUCAAUAAAGCACAAGCAUCUCA